UGGUUAACAGAAAAAAGGCACUCACCACUCCACCCACUACUACUACAUAGAUAUGAGCUGCAGAUUUUCCAGAGAAACGGUUACAUUUCCGACCAUAUUUGAUCGUGUACAUUGCUGUGAGGGUUGGAUUAUUGAGUGUUUUUGAACGGUUUUAGUUUUUGUCACUGGAAAGUACACGUUACAAUAUAUGAGGACGUCGUUUAUUGUCAGGAUGGGAGACAAAGGAUUUUCAGCGCUUCGUCCGAUCCUCUGCUUCGCUUCCUUUAUUGUAACGCUGCAGCUCGUUAAUGGAGACCUGAGUUAUUCUAUUCCAGAAGAAAUGAAACGCGAGUCUGUUAUCGGAAAUAUAGCCAAAGAUCUCGGUCUUGAUCUGAGGACCUUAUCUUCACGAAAGGCCCGUGUUGAUUUUGAGGGGACUCGUAAACGGUACUGUGACAUUAAUCUGAAUACUGGAGAUUUAAUCACAUCGGAGAGAAUCGACAGAGAAAGCCUUUGUGGCAAGAAACCAUCCUGUGUUGUGAAAGUAGAUCUGGUGUUAGAAAAUCCUCUGGAGCUUCAUCGACUAAGUCUUCAUAUUCAAGAUGUAAACGACAACUCGCCGAAAUUCAGGGAAAAUUUGACUGAAAUGGAAAUAAGGGAGUCAGCAGUCAAGGGUAACCGCUUCUCUAUUGAGGAGGCCCAUGACGCAGAUAUAGGUCAAAAUGCUGUUCAAAGAUACAACCUACAAAAGAACGACAACUUUAUUCUUGCCGUUGACAGCAACAAGGUUGAACUCGUACUGGAAAAUAAACUUGAUAGAGAAAAGCAAAAGGAGAUAAAUCUGCUCCUUACAGCUUUAGAUGGUGGCUCUCCUCAGAGAUCAGGUACUGUAGUCAUACACGUCACUGUGCUGGAUGCUAAUGAUAACGCCCCAGUGUUUAGUCAGGCCGUUUAUAAAGCCAAUGUGCCUGAAAACUCUCCUCCAGAUACCAUAGUGAUUAAUGUUAGUGCUACAGACGCAGAUGAAGGAGUGAAUGGAGAUGUUACAUAUCAAUUUGGUCACGUAUCUGAUGACGAUAUAAAUGUUUUCUCUAUUGAUCCUAAAACGGGAGAGAUCAGAGUAAGUGGUGUGAUUGACUUUGAAGAAAGUAGUUCUUUUGAAAUAAGAGUGCAAGCUAAAGAUGGUUUAGGACUAACUUCAUAUGCCAAAGUAUUAAUAGAUGUUACUGAUAAGAAUGAUAAUGCUCCAGUUAUAUAUCUGAAAUCACUGUCUAACCCCAUACCUGAGAAUGUGUCACCUGGUACAGAGGUGGGCAUCAUUAAUGUACAGGAUAGAGACUCUGAGACUAACGGACAGGUCCGCUGCUCCAUUCAACAAAACGUCCCUUUUAAGUUGGUUCCUUCUAUUAAAAACUAUUAUUCUCUGGUGACCACAGGACAACUGGACCGUGAACUAGUGUCUGAUUACAACAUUACAAUCACUGCCACUGACGAGGGCUCUCCACCUCUGUCCUCCUCUAAAACUGUUCAGUUAUCUGUAGCAGACAUCAACGACAACCCACCUGUGUUUGAGGAACAGUCCUACAGCGCAUAUGUGACUGAAAAUAACAAACCUGGCUCCACUUUAUGUUCCGUUACUGCUCGAGACCCCGACUGGAGACAAAACGGUACAGUGAUUUAUUCUCUGUUAGCUGGUGAGGUGAACGGUGCCCCGGUGUCCUCCUAUCUGUCUGUUAACGGAGACACGGGGGUGAUCCACGCUGUGAGGUCGUUUGAUUAUGAACAGUUCAGGAGUUUUAAAGUCCACGUGAUGGCCAGAGACAACGGUUCUCCUCCGCUCAGCAGCAACGUGACCGUCAGUGUCUUUAUAUCUGAUGUGAAUGACAACUCUCCUCAGAUACUGUACCCCUCCCCUGAGGGCAACUCGUUCAUGACCGAGCUGGUCCCCAAAGCUGCACACGGAGGCUCUCUGGUGUCCAAAGUGAUAGCGGUGGACGCGGACUCCGGACAGAACGCCUGGCUGUCCUAUCAUAUAGUCAAAUCCACUGAUCCGGGACUUUUCACUAUUGGUCUCCACAGCGGAGAGAUCAGGACACAGCGGGACAUUUCUGAAUCAGACAGCAUGAAACAGAACCUUAUUGUGUCAGUGAAAGAUAACGGACAGCCCUCUCUCUCGGCCACCUGUUCCAUGUAUUUACUUAUUUCUGAUAACUUGGCUGAGGUGCCAGAACUGAAGGAUAUUUCUUAUGAUGAGAAGAAUUCCAAACUGACCUCUUAUCUGAUCAUCGCGCUGGUUUCUGUGUCCACCUUUUUUCUGACCUUCAUCAUCAUCAUCCUGGGUGUGAGGUUUUGUCGCAGGAGAAAGCCCAGACUGUUGUUUGAUGGAGCAGUUGCCAUCCCUAGCGCUUAUCUUCCUCCUAAUUACGCAGAUGUUGACGGCACAGGAACUUUACGCAGCGCUUACAAUUAUGACGCAUAUCUGACAACAGGAUCUAGAACCAGUGACUUUAAGUUCGUGACAUCUUACAAUGACAACACACUGCCUGCUGACCAGACUCUGAGGAAAAGUCCAAGUGACUUUGCUGAUGUAUUUGGAGACAGUGAUGGUUCUCCUGAGGUAAGAGGAUCAAACAUUUGAUUCAUUAUUCUAUCAUAAAAAAGGAUGCUUGCUUUUUGAGAUUUGUGGUUGAUUGUGUGAAAUUGAUAUUGAUCAUCGUUUCUAAAAAUAUGAAAAGGGUAUUUUCCCGCAGUGAUUUUAAGUAAGGCUGGGCAUUUGCCUUUACAAAAAUUCAUCAUUAGGAAAAAUGGGAGAUGAGGAUGUUAUGAUUUUGUCCAUCUUAGGUAUUACAUUAACUGUUAUGCUGAAUUAUUUUACCCAGGAUUCCCAAUUGUUAUUUGAAAACUAUUAAGUUAUAUCAGUGAUGGAUCUAUUAUCAGAUGCAUUUUGCAGUCAUUGUAUAGUAGUUGUCCAUAGAGCCUUUUUGGCUGUCUUUACAGCAUUUUGGUAGUUGGAAACACUUUAACUAGUAUAUGUUUUUUUAAAUUACUGAAAACUUUUUACUUGUCCAUAAUGAGUUUGCUUUUGAACUCUGAUUUAAGUUUAGAGGGACGUUUUAAAUGUGUAAUAUUGUUCAGAUUGAUGCUUUACUCUUUCAUAGGAAAGAAUUCAUAAUUUUUAUAUCAUGCAGAGGCCUUUUUUAAGGGGUUUGUUCGUUGUUUGUUAUCGAUGUUGAACUUUUCUUCCUUCUUUUCCAUUAAAAUUACAAGUGUUUUAGAUUUGAGGAGUCUUAUCUUGUAACAUAUCCUUGAUUAUUGAUAUAGUUUUACUGGCAUCUUCAUAUUUAUUGUCCCAGAUAAUAGGCUACCUUUUUCCUGUUUACCUUUUGUAAUGUAUUUGUUUGAUUUCUACAAUUAUGAAUCUAUUUCCAAUAUUUGUUGUAUUUUGCAGUAAAUUGGAGCUGUUUGUCGAGGUUUUUGAAUUUUGUUAACACUGACUAGCCUGUGGAAGAUUUUAAUGGUGUUGAGC